UCCUGCCGCCGCAGGUGCUGCAGAGCCGCGGCUACCAGAAGCUGGUGCUACAGGUCGGGCGGGGCGAGCUGAAGCCGGCGCUGCGCGGGAGCCCGGCCUUGGCGGUGGAAGCUUUCCGCUUCAAGGACUCGCUGGCCGAGGACCUGCGGAGGGCGGACCUGGUCAUCAGCCACGCAGGUGCAGGUAGCUGUCUGGAGACUCUAGAAGAAGGAAAGCCACUAAUAGUAGUAACAAAUGAAAAAUUGAUGAACAACCAUCAGCUUGAGCUGGCAAAACAGCUCCACAGAGAUGGGCACGUCCUCUACUGUAAUUGCAGCACUCUUGUGGAGACACUGCAGUCAAUGGACUUGUCAACUUUGAAACCUUAUCCUCCUGGACAGCCAGAAAAGUUUGCUGUGUUCUUGGAUAAAGUUGUUGGGUUUCAAUAUUCUUCGCAGUCGCAGGCACAUCAAGCAAUGAAGCCCGAAGGAGUUCGCUUAGCGCGGACUCCCUUCUCUUCCCGAGGCAGCCGCCGCUGCCGCCGCCCGUGGAAGAUGCAGAAGGGCUGGAAGAAGUACUUCGGGCAGAAGUCCUUCAGCGAGGUGGCCAUGGACGAGUACCUGGGCAGCCUGGGGCUGUACCGCAAGAUGACGGCCAAGGACGCAUCAAUUAAACCGCGGUCGACUUCGUCCUUUCAUAACCUUCGUUUUUUUCAGCUGUUUUCAUCUCAAAUUCAUCACAUGGAAGUCAGGAAAGCUUGUGUCGCGUUCAUAAGGCAACACCAGCCUAAGUUUGAAUCCUAUGUGGAAGGAUCAUUUGAGAAAUACCUUGAACGACUAGGAGAUCCAAAGGAAAGUGCUGGCCAGCUGGAAAUGAGUGCUUUAUCAGUGAUGUACAAGCGAGACUUCAUUCUGUACCGGUACCCUGGAAAAACACCCACUUAUGCUACAGACAAUGGAUUUGAAGACAAGAUUUUACUGUGUUGUUCCGGCAAUGACCAUUAUGACUCUGUGUAUACAAAACAAUUCCAGGAAAAUGCUGCUAUUUGCCAGGCUGUAUUGUACGAGAUCCUGUACAAAGAUGUGUUUGGCAUGGAUGAGGAAGAAUUACGGUCUGCAGUUGAGGUGUUUCGAAGUGGAUCCAAGAAGAACAGAAACAGUGGCUCUGUAGGAAGUGAGGAUGCAAACUUUGAUUGUCUUCAUGAAAAAGUAUCCAGAAAUCCAUCAGAAAAGAGAGUGGACGACUGGGAAGGCAAUGGUACUGAUAAUCCACAGGAAGAUAAGUUCAAACAAGGCAUUGAAGAAGAAAAGCUGCCAGAAAAUCCAACAAAGAUGCCUGUUCCUUAUAAAGUACUAAAGGCGCUGGACCCUGAGAUCUAUCGGAAUGUGGAGUUUGACGUUUGGCUGGACAGCAGAAAAGAGCUUCAAAAAACUGACUACAUGGUGUUUGCUGGGAGACAGUACUAUUUAGGAGACAAGUGUCAGGUACGUCUGGAGCCUGGAGGUAAGUAUUACAACGCUCAUAUCCAGGAAGUUGGACAGGAUGGCAACACGUUGACCGUAUUUGUUGAGGAGCUGGCAGAAAAGCAUACAGUUCCUUUGGCAAACUUAAAACCAGUGACACAAGUGGCACCUGUCCUUGCUUGGAAUAUGGUUCCCAGCCGAAAAGGAGGAACCUAUCAGAAAAUAACAGGGGGAUACUUCUCAGGAAUAGAAAUGGAUAUGAAAACACGGAAGAGAAUCCUUAAGAAAGUUCGUGGAAAGGAAGUCUUUAUGACUGUGGCUUAUAGCAGGGGUCAGCCAGUUCUUCCACCCCGGCUACAGCACAGUGGUCCUUCGGGGCGCUCUCCUCCAGUUCACUGCUCACAGGGUGGUGGAAACAUGGCACCUUAUGAACCCUAUCAUCCUCAGAAUCCUCCUCAGAGACAUAACCGUGGAUUUGGGAUGCCAAGGGGAUCUGCCCGAUUUAUAAACAGGCACAACAUGGUUGGCCCUCAAAUAGCAUUCUGCCCCAGUCCAGGAAAGAGAUGCUAUCAGAGCUAUGACAGUUUCUCCUGCAGGUCCUGCUCAUACAGCCGUAGCCGCCGUCAGAUGCAGUGUGUGAAUAAGGAAUGUCAGUAUGGGUUUGUACCAGGGAAUGGAGAGGAGCCUCAAGGAUCAGAAGAAACUAUAACUUUCUAUGAAAUUGAAGGAGAGCAUGACACUGCUUUUCCUACUUUACCAAGCCAGAGUAGCCCUGUUCCCAUUGUCCAUGGUCCAGCAGGAUUUUGGGUAGCAAGGAGAGGCCCAAACUCUGUUCCGCCUAACAAGCAGAGCCUGAAUUCCUCUGAGGAGGAAGAAGAAACAAGUGAAAAUGGGAAAUUUCAUGAAGAAUAUAUCUAUGCACCUCCAGAUCCUGACUGUGAAACUGCAACAGUAUUUAGUUCAGCAGAACCUACAGCAAACUUGGUGAUGGUGAACUCUACGGCUAUCUCAACCUCAGCAGGUGUUUAUGCUGCUCCAGCUACAGGCUUCUCCUCAAACCCUGCUGCCUCCAGUCCAGCCAGUGUCACAACAGCAGUUCCCCCACAAACAGCAGUUCAGCCAGUCAUAGUAUCUCCCCUUUCUAUAGGGAGGCCAGCAGUUUCUUCGAUGCCAUUCCCAGUUUAUUCAGCUCCUCUUCCUCCAGUCAGUGAGAUGGGAGAGGCUGGUGCCAUUCUUCCACCUUACUCUUGUGAUCCCAGUGGCAGUGAUCUACCUCGAGAUACGAAGGUCUUGCGGUAUUAUUUUAAUCUGGGAUUGCAAUAUUAUCAUCAGAGCUAUUGGCCUUCCAUGGUGUAUGUACAGCCAGCGCUGCCACCAUCGCCUGUGGAAGUUUAUCCAGCAUAUGCUGAGCCAGCUCCUGUCCUAGAUCAGUCAGUACCUCAGGUCUACACUGAUGCUGGGCGAACUGAAAUCCACCACGUUCCCUUGGAAGCACCUGCAAAUGGUAACUUUCAAAAUGCAGAGCCUCCACCCCUGUCCUACGGGCCAGUAUAUUACCCAGUCGUGUCGGACCCCUUCAGCCAGCAAUCUCUUCCUGGGUUUGAUUCUUUAGUACCUGCCUAUCGCUAUAUUAGUGCCUGGCAUCCAGUAAAUGCACCGUAUGGAAAUUCUCCACAAAUUGCUAAUGCUGUAAGUUCUGGACCGCUGCACCAGGUCAGCUAUAUUGCCUCACCUAACCCUGCACCUCAUGAUGUGCCUCAAGGAAUGUAAAUCUGGGAGCUAUAAGCU